AUUUGAUUUUUUAUAUAUGUUCUAAGACACAAUUAGGGCCGCGGUUUUGUAGAAAACCUCGAAACUAAAUGUCGCCAAACAAAAGUAGCCGAGGUACUUCGGUGGGUAAGAGGCGUCCCUCAUUCUGGCACUCGGGGGCACCCAAGAACAACAGACACGCUGCCGGUCUAGGAGUCCAUCCCGCUCCUCCUCCUCCAUCGUUGCAUGGGGGUCACUAUCAUCCGGUGAUCCAGGAACACUGGAACACUUCGAGUACAGCUCUUCCGCCUAUAGACCAGUUGCAGCCCAGCAUAUCUUUUGAGGAAACUUUCAUUAGAGGAAACAACUUUGGCAAACCCAUGCAGGCCAACAUCGGGAUCCAGGUGUCCGCCAGAGAGAUCCAACAUGCCCACGAUCACGGUGGAGGGGACACAACAUACAGAGGAGGAGGAACAGGAGGUGGGGGGAGAGUGAACUACCUGAAGGGGGUGGUGGGGGAGUUGAAGUAUUCGAUAAAACUGAAAGAGGAGGAGAUUUCACACCUGAACAACUCUCUAGCGACUCAAAAAGAUAGAGUACAACAGCUGGAAGAUGAGAAUGGUGUAAUGAGUGUGAAGUGUGAGGAGAACGAAGAGAGGGGAGAGGAGGUGGAGAGGCAGAGGGAGAGGAUCGAGGAGAUGACUAAAGAGAUGGAACAGAUGCACUCCACUCACACACAACACGUACAAACAAUCACUAAACAGUGUGAGGAUGCAAUGGAAGCUGUGAGGAGUGAGCGACUGUCUUCGGUUGAGCAGAAGGAGGACAAAGUGGAACAACUCAAAGGUCAAGUGGCCUCCCUCCUACAACAGUCUGCUAGUGUUCGAUCAGAACAGGUGGUUGAAUUGAGAGACCAGCUGGUGGCCUCUAAACAGGAGAUUAGACAGCUGCAGAAACAAGUCAAACAGUUCAAGGAGUCGUGUAGUAGCUGUGAGGAAUUGAGGGGUCAGUUGAAGGAGAGAGAGGAGGGGGUGAAGAGGGGGAGGGAGAGGGAGAGGCAAUUGAGGGAGGAGGUGGAUCAGCUGCACAACAAACUCAACACACAGACUGAUCUGAAGCUGAGUGAGAUGGAGAGAGUGGUGGGCCAGCUGCAUCAGAAGGACACAGUCAUCAACACCCUCAAGACACAACUCACAAACUCCUGGGACAACAACUCACAAGAGCGAGUGGAUGAGUUGGUGCGUCUGCGUGGCCUAGUGGAGAGGGGAAGCAGGGACAUCGAGAGACUGGAGGGGGAGAGGGAGGGGAUGGAGAGACAGUUGGGGGACACCAUCGCCCACAACAAACACCUCAAGGCCAAACUACGCGCCAUGAGAGACGAAAAAGUGAAACUAGCGGAUCUUCUAGUGGGAAGCGCAGAAGGCGCGGAGCAGAUGCAGAUGGAGCUGGAAGAGCAGAUAGAGCUACUCACUGAAAGACUCCAACAGCAGAAGAACAAUGGGGAGUCAGACAGAACAGAGACAAGUCGGGGAGGGGAAGGAAAAAUGAGUUCACACCAAUCAUUAGUGGGGUCCAAAGCAUCGACUGUGGCAGGAUCCCAGUCUACUGGCAGACGCAGACAAACAGCCGGUAGAGGAGUAGCUUCUGUGUCUGGCUCAGACUUAUCUCUCUUGUCCAGAACAGUGAGUGCGGCAUUGGACUCAAAUAUAGAAGAUGAAACCCCACGAGCUUGAAACAAUGGAAAUUAUGGUGCAGGAAACAUCUCGAACAAAUUUACCCUGAAAUUUAAAAAACAUUCGCAGAUCUAAUUUUUUUGCUUUACACUGGGCUUAUUUUUGUUUCAGAUCUCAUAACCAGUUUUCGAGAUUAGAAAUUAUAAAUAUUGACAAAACGGUGCUGAAGAAUUACAAUGAACAAAAUGUGGUAUGCAUCCUACAUAAAGCUCAAAAAAUUUACCCGAUUUGAAAAUAUAUUAUAGAUUAAUAGAAUUAAUAGAGGU